UUGGCUGGAGGCACAAGGGCAUUAACUUAGCGCCCGGGGUCUCUGCCAGGCUCACGGGACAGCUGCACCUCUCAGCGUCUCCAGCUCCGGGACGCGGUCGUCCCAACUCCUUCCGAGUGGAAAGAGUGUAAAACUUUUGUCCGUGCGCGGGUGGGGCUCAGUAGGACCACGGCGCGUCCUGCCCCGGCUUCCCCAGCCUCCCAGCAGGGUUAGCUGCGGUCAGCGCACUUUCCACUUGGGACUCCCGGCCAGAAACUUCUCGGGAAUGGAGCGGUCACAGUGUGGCAGCAGAGACCGAGGCGUUAGCGGCCGACCCCACUUGGCCCCUGGGCUAGUGGUGGCUGCCCCUCCGCCCCCGUCCCCGGCGUUGCCGGUACCAUCGGGGAUGCAGGUUCCCCCAGCGUUCCUGCGGCCGCCCAGCCUCUUUCUGCGAGCAGCGGCCGCGGCCGCCGCCGCCGCUGCCGCCACCUCGGGAAGCGGAGGCUGCCCGCCGGCUCCCGGGCUGGAGAGGGGGGUAGGCGCGGUGGGCUGCGGCUACCCGAGGACGCCCAAGUGCGCCCGCUGUCGCAACCAUGGUGUGGUGUCAGCGCUCAAGGGCCACAAGCGCUUCUGCCGCUGGCGGGACUGCGCGUGUGCCAAGUGCACCCUGAUCGCCGAGCGCCAGCGCGUCAUGGCCGCCCAGGUGGCGCUGCGCAGGCAGCAGGCGCAGGAGGAGAGCGAAGCCCGGGGGCUACAGAGGCUCCUGUGCUCGGGGAUCUCCCGGCCCCCCGGUGGUCGGGCAUCCGGGGGCGGCGGCAGAGCCGAGAAUCCACAGUCCACGGGCGGCCCUGCGGCGGGGGCUGCGCUGGGACUGGGUGCCUUGAGACAGGCCAGUGGUUCCGCGACCCCCGCUUUCGAAGUUUUGCAGCAAGAUUACCCUGAGGAAAAACAAGAACAAAAAGAGAGUAAAUGUGAGUCAUGCCAGAAUGGACAAGAAGAACUGAUCUCCAAAUCCCAUCAACUUUACCUAGGAUCAUCUUCUAGGUCUAAUGGUGUCAUUGGGAAACAAAGUAUCGGGUCAUCUAUUUCAGAAUACUCCAACAAGCAUGAUAGCAUCCUGUCUCCUCAUCCUGGAGAGCAAUCAGGAGGUGAAGAGAGUCCCAGGUCCUUAUCAUCCUCUGAUCUGGAAUCAGGAAAUGAAAGUGAAUGGGUCAAAGACUUGACUGUGACCAAGGCAAGCCUUCCUACAGUGUCCUCAAGACCAAGAGAUCCUCUUGAUAUCCUUACUAAGAUAUUCCCAAAUUACAGGCGCAGCCGGCUAGAAGGCAUUCUACGGUUCUGCAAAGGGGAUGUAGUCCAAGCCAUUGAACAGGUUUUAAAUGGCAAAGAACACAAGACAGACAACAGGAACCUAGCAAACUCAGAAGAACUGGAAAACACAGCCUUUCAGAGAGCUUCAAGUUUUAGUCUUGCUGGAAUUGGUUUUGGAACUCUAGGUAAUAAAUCAGCUUUCUCUCCUCUUCAAACUACUUCUGCUUCUUAUGGAGGUGAUUCAAGUCUCUACGGCUUAAAUCCUAGAGUAGGUAUCAGUCCAUUAAGGCUGGCAUAUUCUUCUGCAGGAAGAGGGUUAUCUGGUUUUAUGUCACCCUACCUAACACCUGGGUUAGUACCCACCUUGCCUUUUCGGCCAGCUUUGGAUUAUGCCUUUUCAGGGAUGAUUAGAGAUUCUUCCUACCUUUCCAGUAAAGACUCAGUAACUUGUGGCAGACUGUACUUCAGACCAAAUCAGGACAAUCCGUAAUGUAUAUGCCCAUUCUCUCUUUCUGGAGUUUUUCCAGCAUACAAUACAUGCACGUGCACACACAUACACACACAUCCAUUAAUAUACUUCAGUAAGUAUGUGAGUGGAUUAUGAGGUCUUAAAAUGCUGGGGUUUUUUUUU